GGAGGCCCUGAGUCGACUGCGCCGCGUGUGUACUGCGCACGUUUACCCGGCGAAUAUCUAUCUGCCAGUCACCCAGAAGGCCCGACGAAGUCCUGCGGCAACCCACUGCACUGUCUCGAGUAUUGUACGUGCGUGUGUGGGUGAGGGUGCGCGCGUGUGUCAGUGCCACUGCCAGCAGCCUCGACACCUCUUCGUUGCCCUGCUGCCUCGUUGCUGCUGGGAGGGAAUGAUACUGUGAACAGCCCUACAUACACAGUACCACCCACGUCGCACCAACCAACAGCUCUCUCAAUGGGGAUUCCAUCAGCUCUCGAACCACGAUUCCGCUCGGCCGCUCCGGACACGCCACCUGAGAUCCUCACCCCAGACUCGGCCUCCUUUCCUUCAAGACAGCCAGAGGAGCGGCCUUGGAACCCACGUGCUCCGCCGUCUCCUCCGAUGUCCAACUAUGACCCGACCAUCAAGACAACCGACAUGUCGUCGUCCAACAAGGGGUCACAUGAACCUCUGAUCCGCGAGGAGCCCUCUUCCCAGCACAGUGCUCCACGACAACAGCUCCCAUCUCUGAGCAGCAUCUUUGGCCCACCAUCACAGAUGCACCAGUUUCCAUCAGCCUUCUCGGAUCGUCCAGGCCCCUAUCACCAUCCCUCAUCACUUGACCACCCCCUCAGACCGACAGUGGGCUCGUCUUCAUAUUUCCCCCCAUUAUCAACAUCUUCAGCGGCAGCAGCGGCACAGCCUCGGAACCCUCUCGACGCGAGGUUCCAGGACCGUCCGCAGAUCCCCUCACUCUCCCAGAUCUUCCCGGGACCUCUCUCGCCCCUGCCGCGGCAAGAGCAAAAAGAGGGCUUGCGCACGGAGUACAGCUCGGGAAGCCAAUGGUCGAUGCAACACGACACCGGCCGGGAAUACUCCCUCGCCAGCCGCGAACAGACGUACCAGUCGCCUGUCGAUAGGUAUUCCCUCCACUUGCCGGGGACGGCCCGUGACGAGAAUCGAAGAUUGGAUUCUCGGGAGCAACUCGCAGCGCCGCAGACCCCGACAUACAAUCCUCCCGCGACGCCGACCAGCAGUCUCGGCUCCGAAGUUCCUCCGACCAAGGAUGGCUUGGGCCCCAAGAUCUGGACCGGGACGCAUUUUCUGCCGCGCUUCGUCAGGGCGGCCGAGGUGCCCGGCGAAGGGAUGUGUUACUUCUACGAUGACGGGAGCCACUGCAAGACGGUCAUCGACGGGGAAGCCGUCAACGCGCACUGGGGUGUGACGAAGGCGGGGAAGCCGAGGAAACGUCUCGCCAUCGCCUGCGUCACUUGUCGUGAGAAGAAGAUCAAGUGCGACCCGGACUAUCCUCGGUGCGUACAAUGCGAGAAGUUUGGAAGGGUCUGCAAAUUCAAAAAUGCGCCCCGAGGCGGCGGCCACAACACAUCCCCGUCCACCCCAUCCAUCGAACCGGAAGACACACGGCGUCUCGGGAGAAUCAUGCGACCGGCGACAGAAUUCACGAGGCCUAGCAGCCAUUCGAGCGAGUCUGUCUCGCCACGGACGAUUCGGCCGGCGAGCCCCGAAUUCGGCCCAUCGGUACCCCGGAAGCAGGCUCGUGUAGAUUACGAGCACUACAGUCCGACGACCGGGAGGAGUUCCCCGAUAGCACCAAUCGCUGACCCGGCAGCGCCGGCCUUUUCAUGGCGGCAGCCAGAAACGUUGCCUCGCAUACACGAGGAUGUCCUGCGGCGGCCGUGGCAGACAGACCCGUAUGUGUCCUAACCUGCAUCUCAUCGCCGUCUCUCCACGGCAGAUGCGGUGGCUCCUGUCGCGCAAUAUGUUUUGAGAGCGGCACUCACAAGGAAACGCUUCAGACGACCCGAUACUCGCGUAUAACUUAAUCUGUCGUCGCCCGUCGUCCCAUCGGCACACAUGGG